CGGGCGCCCGCACAUUACCAGGGGUCGUGGCGAGGCCCCGGAUGCUGGGGGCGUGUCCCCAGCCGGGGAGGCGGGGUCAGUGCUGGAGGCGGGCUUGACCUCACUCUCUCCCCGUAGUCGCGGUUGCCGCCCGGGCCUGAACCCUGGAGCACGCGAGCUGAAGAUGGCGGCGGAGCGCAGCUGGGUGCGGAGGCGGCGCAGCGACCACUGCCGGCUCUGACCGACCCGCGCGCCGGCUGCGAGCGGCCUCUGAGGCGGGGGAGGAGGCGCUGAGGGGGGCCGAGGCGCGGGGCGCCCCGCGGGGGGCCCGGCUCCGAGGAGCGGAGCGGAGCGAGCUCAGGACGCCGGCGCUGAGGGGAAGCCUGGCUUGGCCGCGGGGGAAGGCGGGGCGGGCUGCUGCCGCGGAGGUUCCCCUCGUGCCGGCUGCCGGGCGGCCCGCGCCAUGUUCUCGGUGCUGUCCUAUGGCAGGCUGGUGGCCCGGGCAGUCCUGGGCGGGCUCUCGCAGACGGACUCCCGCGAUUACAGCCUGGUGACCGCCAGCUGCGGCUUCGGCAAAGACUUCCGCAAGGGCAUCCUCAAGAAGGGCAUGUGCUACGGGGAUGACGCCUGCUUCGUGGCCAGGCACCGGUCCGCCGACGUGCUCGGGGUAGCAGAUGGUGUAGGUGGCUGGAGAGACUAUGGGGUUGACCCGUCUCAGUUCUCAGGGACUCUAAUGCGAACAUGCGAACGUUUAGUAAAAGAAGGACGGUUCGUACCAAGCAAUCCUGUUGGAAUUCUUACCACAAGUUAUUGUGAGCUGCUACAGAACAAAGUACCUUUGCUUGGGAGCAGUACAGCUUGCAUAGUAGUUUUGGACAGAACAAGUCAUCGUUUACAUACAGCAAAUUUAGGAGAUUCUGGAUUUUUAGUAGUCAGAGGAGGAGAAGUAGUACAUCGGUCUGAUGAGCAGCAACAUUACUUCAACACUCCAUUCCAGCUGUCAAUAGCUCCACCAGAAGCAGAGGGAGUCGUCUUAAGUGAUAGCCCGGAUGCUGCGGACAGUACUACUUUUGAUGUUCAGCUAGGAGACAUUAUUCUAACAGCAACAGAUGGACUUUUUGACAACAUGCCUGAUUAUAUGAUUCUUCAGGAGCUAAAAAAGCUGAAGAAUUCUAAUUAUGAGAGUAUACAACAGACAGCAAGAAGCAUUGCUGAGCAAGCUCACGAACUGGCAUAUGACCCCACUUACAUGUCACCUUUUGCACAGUUUGCAUGUGACAAUGGAUUGAAUGUGAGAGGGGGAAAGCCAGAUGACAUCACCGUCCUUCUUUCUAUAGUAGCUGAAUAUACAGACUGAUUUACCUAAAAUGUCAGUGUCUGUUUUUCUUUAUUCUGGAGUUUCUAGCUUCGUGUGUACUGUUUCCUGCUGGCAGGAUCGCUUUCUUUCUUUGCAGCUGAUCUCAAUGGCCAGUUACUCAAGCCUGUUGCCUCUUAUGACACAAUUGAGAUCCUUUUAAGAACCACUAUUGUAGUACACUGGUCUUCGUCUGCCAGCAAGAAAUGAAGAAACUUAAGGCAUGAAGCUUGUCUCUCAAAACUAAGUAAUCAUUCACAAGGUGGGGGAAGCCAGAUCCAUAUGGUUACUACUUCUACAAUGUGACUAGUUUCAAAUGAUCGAUAUUGAUUGGUUUCAAUUCAAAACUAGAUUUAAUAAAUAAAAUUGAUAAACCCUCCACAAGAGGGUGUAUUACUAUUCUGCUAGAAUCAGCCAUUCAACAAAGGAGAUGUUACAAAGCAUACUUUCAUAAACAUAGUCUUGUUACAGUAAUAGGUGAGGGUUUGUUUAUAUAUAAACUCCAAUUUUCAAGGGGUUUAUAGCUGCUGUAAAGAUUUUGCUCUUGGCAUACAUGGUGUCAGCCUUAGCCUUUUUCUAGUACAAAAUUUGAAAAAACAAAAUUAGUUUGAGCUGUAUGGAUGCACAAGUGUUCUGUGAUUUCAGGUGCUUAAUCGCGAUCUUAUAAAUGAAACUUUUUUUGCAAAUAAUUCGUCCAUAAUGGAGCCUCAUAUCUCUGGAUGUUUUUUGCAGAGGGGAACUUUUUGUUUAAAAAAGGUUUAUUAAUAUUUUAAGUUGCAACUCAAAUUCACAAAAGCCAGAAUAUUCAAAGUUGAGGUUUAGCAUAAUAUCCUUAAUCUGUGUCUGAUCAGCGUGUGGUGACAUGCCACGUAUGCUGCAAUAUCUAAGAAUGAUGGGUUGCAUUAAGAACAGAUAAUCCUCAGCUCUGAACUUCCUUGCUUUUGUUUGCAGAGAACUUUACUGUUAACUAGGCAUAGUUUGUGUUAAUAUUGCCAUUCUUGCUUUGUAUAAAAUAGAAUCUGUACCAAAUUAAUUUGAUUGUCAUGCUGACUCAAAUGUGCACCUCUGCUUAUGCUGUGGCAACAGCAGUAAGUAUACAAAUGGAAAAUAGUUAACUAGUAACUAGCAAAAUUUACAUUUCAGUAACUGAUAUUUAGGGUUUUCAGAAUGAACCUUCAUGAUGUUUACAAUUAUUUAAUAGCCACUUUGCAA